CUCGGCCGCAGGAAGGCGGGUGCAUGGAGGAUGGCUUUUCCAGGCUGUGCAGGAGAGAGCCACACAUUGAAGCUGAGCGCUACCACUGCUGCGGGUGCUGCAACUGGGACAACACAACCAGGAGCUGCUGUUCCGCAGUUUGGGAUUCCCUUCAGGGCAGUGACCUCAGGGGUAGCUGCUGGUGAGGUCCUGUCCAGCUGCAAGAGGGGGAGCGAGGAUGGAGCCGGGCGCGUGCACCCCGGAGCUGUGCUAUCCAAAGAAUGGCAGCACCCAACUCAACGCCACGUCCGAUACUGCCAGCGACCUCCUGGCCACCUCCUUCCUGGGCUGCAUCCUGGGCACCAUGUGCGUGGUGGGCGCGGCGGGGAACAUCUACACACUGGUGGUCACCACUGUCUCCAUGAGGCGCAGCGGCUCCAUGUAUGUUUACAUCAUCAACUUGGCCCUGGCUGACCUCCUCUACCUGUCCACCAUCCCCUUUGUGGUGUGCACCUACUUUGUGCGGGACUGGUACUUCGGAGACCUGGGCUGCAGGAUCCUCUUCAGCCUCGACCUCCUCACCAUGCACGCCAGCAUCUUCAUCCUGACCAUCAUGAGCACUGAACGCUAUCUGGCUGUCGCCCGCCCUCUGGCCACGCUGCGUGGCUCAAGGGACCGUCGGCGGGCGCUCACCUUCCUGGCGUGGCUGGUGGCCUUCCUCCUUGCCCUGCCCAGCAUGAUCCUCAUCGACCUGCGCACCAGCCACCGCCACGGGGUGACCAAGCGUAUUUGUCACCCCACGUGGCGGAUGGGGCCCUAUAAGGUGUACCUCACCGUCCUCUUCAACACCUGCAUCCUCGCCCCGGGCGUCACCAUCUGCUGCGUGUACACCAAGCUGGCCAGGACCUACUGGAAGUCCCAGAUGGCUCUUGUUGCCCACGCCAAGCACGCCAGCCACUGUCCCAAGCAGAAGGUGCUGUACAUGAUCUUCAGCAUCGUGCUCGCCUACUGGGCUUGCUUUGUGCCCUUCUGGCUGUGGCAGCUUUUCAGCCUCUACUGGCACGAGCGUGGGGAGCGGGGCAGCUCCACCGUCGUCCCCAUCAACUUCCUGGUGACCUGCUUGGCCUACAGCAACAGCUGCGUCAACCCCUUCCUCUACACGCUGCUCUCCAAGAACUACAGUGAGUACCUGCGGAGACACCACCGGGCUGCCCAGCGGGGCUCCUCCGCACAGCCGCCAGCCCCUGUCCCACCCCUGGGGGGCUCCGGAGAGGAUGACUGUGGUCUGUGAGAGGUGGGUGCCCACCGGGCAGGUGGCAGAGAUGCGGAUGCUUUUUCCUCCGUUGUGGUUCAGUGGCUCAGCCCUUUUGCUGAGGGCUGUGGCACAUCGUUGCUACCCGGGUGAGGCUGGUAAGAUACCGGUUAUAGCAAUAAAGGAUAAAAGUGGGGCGGCUCUGAUCACUGAACUCA